UAGACGAAUAACAAAAAUGGAUAAAUCAACGGGAUCAAAAAAGGUUUUUAUGUCAAACCAUCCUGAACUUGGUCGACUGGACAGCUUGGCGAUAUUUGCAGAUGAAAGAAUAGAUGUGAGCUCACUUUGUUCAAAGAAGAACGGUAAUUGCAGUACUUUCUGCUUUCCAACACCAACUGGAAGAACAUGUGGAUGUCAGGAUAAUGUUGACUUACAGGCAGACCAAAAAACAUGUCAAGGAGUUUCUAGAUGUUCUACUUCAUUACCAAAUGUGAACUUCUUUAACUGCUUGCCUUACCCUGGGCAGACUUGUACUAUUGACUGCAAACCUGGAUAUCGACUUCUUAACAGCAAAACGAUUACAUGUGACAAUAACGGUCAAUGGGUUCCAUUCCCAUCUUCUUUAUGUACAGAAGCUGAAAUUUAUGAUGAGACACCAUCGUUAACUGGUGUUUACAUUGGAUCCUCGGUUGGAGGCGUCAUCAUUAUUGUCACCUUUAUUACCGCUAUAGUCUGUUUCAUUAAGCGAAAGAAACCACCGAUAAAUGAUCACGAAGAUCGACCUCUUGUGAACGAUAACUCUUAUACGACAUUUCAAAAUAAUGGAUUUACGCUUGAUGAGUUGCAGGAUAGAACAUCAUCGCAUAUUUACAGUACCAUAGGAGAAAUACAUAAUACUGAAAAGAAUCCAUACUUAGAACCUAUUUCAUAAUAUCAUCAUUUGAAAAGCUGACGAAUUCAUAUUUCUCCUUUAUAAUUUUUUUCAUAAAAUUACGUUAUAUGUCAUUUACAUACAUGUAGAGUAACUAAAAUGAAACUAACUAUUAAUAUAUUGUAAUAUUUUUAAUUGAAGUUUUCUUCGAACAAAUGUCCCUUUUUUAUUGAAAGAAAGGGUAUUUAUUUGGGUAUGCCUAUCUAUCUGUUCGUCUGUUUGGCCUGUCAUUCUCUCCCUUUGAAUUACUUACCUUUGCAGGUGAUCUUUAAAGGGCCUUUUGAGCUUUAGCAGUGUAUUAUUGACAAACAAUUGCCGCUAAUGAUGUCGAGUUCAAAGGACAAUGUUACUCAUUUAAGAAAAAUGGAAAUGUGUUACUAUUUUUCUUUUCUGGGCAAAAUUAUAUAUCAUAAUUUUUAUACCCCUCAUCCGCUUGAAAAGCGGGAGAGUUUGCAGUAAUCGGUAUGUCCAUACGUCCGUUUGUUACGCUCUCGAUCGGGAAACCCAUCUUUUAUCUGCAACUCCUCUCAUACCACUGCAUGAAAUUUGAUGAAACAAAAUCUUUAUUACAUAAUGCUAUUGUGCACCUCUUAUUUUACUUCUUGAUCCGACACAUAUUUUGGGUUUCCCACAACAAAACAUGGCCACUGACAUUAUAUUUAUAUGGGAGGCGGGGGAGGGGUAUCAUUAGUGAGCUUAUUGUUCACAGUUCCUCUAGUGUCUAAUGGGCUAAGAAUUUUUUUUUUAUUUUGAGGUCAAAAUAUCAAAGGCAAUUUAUUUUGUUGAAACCCUUUUUUCAAUACUACAUGUACACUUCAAUCGUAUCUUCAAAAACAGUUUUUUGCAAUCAAUUAGAUUUCUUAUUUUUUCAUUAAAUGGUUCACAAAUUUUCUGGAUUAGCUUGU